GGGUGCUCUGGCGGUGUCUUCCAACAUGGCGAGGAUGCAGAGGAAAGAGUUCGUAAGCCCUCCAUGCGGCAGGAGCAUCUACAGGCUGCUUUCUCUCCUAUUCACCCUUGUGACCUCAGUGAACUCCUUAAGCCUCCCUCAGUCAGCGAAUCCUGCCUUCCCAGGCACACUCAUUUGUGAUAAAGACGGAGUGAGAGUUGAAUUUUCAAGCAGAUUAGACAUGGAAAAAUGGAAUCCUUCUGUGGUGGAUGCCAUUGGUAAUGAAAUUUUGAACUGCACUUAUGCUCUGGACUUGGAAAAGUUCAUCCUCAAGUUUCCCUACAAGACCUGUACUAUAAAAGUGAUUGGUGGAUACCAGAUGAACAUCAGAGUGGGGGACACCAGCGCUGAUGUAAGAUAUAAAGACGACAUGCAUCAUUUCCUCUGUCCAGCUAUUCAAGCAGAGAACCAUGAGAUAACAGAAAUUGUCUGCAUGGAGGAUCUCGUAUCUUUUUCUUUCCCACAACUUUUCUCUAGGCUUGCUGAUGAAAAUCAGAAUGUGUCUGAGAUGGGAUGGAUUAUUAAGAUUGGCAAUGGUACAAGAACCCACACUCUGCCCCUGAAGGAUGCCAUAGUACAAGGAUUUAAUCUUCUGAUUGACAGCCAGAAAAUAACCCUCCAUGUGCCAGCCAAUGCUACUGGAAUAGCUCACUAUGUGCAAGAGAGCAGCUAUCUCUAUACUGUGCAGCUGGAGCUCUUGUUCUCAACUUUUGGGCAGAAGAUCACCUUCUCUUCACGAGCUAUCUGUGCACCAGAUCUUUCUGUGGCUUGUAAUGCUACACACAUGACUCUCGCUAUACCAGAAUUUCCUGGGAAGCUAAAGUCUGUGGACUUUGAACAAAGGAGCAUCCCUGAGGACCAAUGGCAUGCCAAUGGAAUUGACAAAGAAGCAACAAAUGGCUUGAGACUGCAUUUCAGAAAAUCUCUCUUGAAGACAAAACCCUCUGAAAAAUGUCCAUUCUACCAGUUCUACUUCGAUUCACUCAAGUUGACCUUUUACUUCCAAGGGAGCAUGAUAUCCACAGUGAUUGAUCCCGAGUGCCACUGUGAGUCACCAGUCUCUAUAGAUGAACUGUGUACACAGGAUGGGUUUAUGGACUUUGAGGUCUACAGCCACCAAACAAAACCUGCACUGAACCUGGAGACCCUCCUGGUGGGAAACUCCUCCUGCCAGCCUAUUUUCAAGGUUCCGUCUCUGGGGCUUGCAAGGUUUCGCAUACCUCUGAAUGGAUGUGGAACACAACAGAAAUUUGAAGGUGAUAAAGUCAUCUAUGAGAAUGAAAUACAUGCUCUCUGGGAAAGCCCACCAUCCAACAUUGUAUUCAGAAACAGUGAAUUCAGGAUGACAGUGAGAUGCCAUUAUAUCAGAGACAGUAUGCUACUAAAUGCCCAUAUCAAAAGCCAUUCUUCUCCAGUGGCCUCAGUAAAACCAGGUCCACUGCUGUUGGUCCUACAAACCUACCCAGACAAAUCCUACCAACAACCUUAUAGGAAGGAUGAGUACCCUCUAGUGAGGUACCUCCGCCAGCCAAUCUACAUGGAAGUGAUUGUCUUGAACAGGAACGAUCCCAACAUCAAGCUGGUCUUAGAUGACUGCUGGGCAACCUCUUCUAAGGACCCGACCUCUGUCCCCCAGUGGCAGAUUGUCACGGAUGGCUGUGAAUAUGAACUGGACAACUACCGCACUACUUUCCAUCCAGCUGGCUCCUCCACGGCCCAUUCUGGUCACUACCAGAGAUUUGAUGUGAAGACUUUUGCCUUUGUGUCAGAGGCACAUGGGCUCUCCAGCCUGAUCUACUUCCACUGCAGUGCCUUGAUCUGUAACCAAGCCUCUCUAGACUCCCCUCUGUGCUCUGUGACUUGCCCUGCACCACUGAGAAGCAAACGAGAGGCCAGCAAAGAAGACACAGUGACUGUUAGCCUUCCAGGACCUAUUCUCUUAUUGUCAGAUGACUCUUCAUCCAAAGGUGUUAUGGACCCCAACAGCUAUGAGAUUACCAAGAAUAUUUCUUCUAAAACAUUGGGUGUUGUGGCUGCGCUAGUGGGCUCAGCGGUCGUUAUAGGGUUCAUCUGUUACCUGUAUAAGAAAAGAACUAUAAGGUUCAAUUACUGAUUGGACUUGCAAAUAAAGAGGCUGCAGU